AGUUUAUUCGUCCCUCUUACCUUUUCUAUCGCCAUGUGCUCGAAAAUCUUCUGCUUGCUGUUCCCCUUCAUAGGCGUUCACUACGUCUUGGGUGCGGGGAAUGUGCGUAUGCACGUUACUACCAAAAAGUACUGCAACCUUGGGCUGGUUGAUGCCUAUGGCAACCCAGCGCCGUGUGGUACCUCGAAAAGCGGAGAUACGUUCGGCCUCACCUUGCCUGGUAUGGAAGAUGGUUUCCAAACGACCAAGGAGGAUGUGAUCAUCGCCAGGGACGGCCAAGUGUCGGUGCGAGCAUCUCCUGCUAUUCCGUAUACUUUUGUCAUGUCAAUCGACUCCCCCAACUACAAGGGGGUUGAAAAACUGUACAAUCACCAGUCGUUUGUGGUAUCUGUGGAAGCGCCCGCUGAUGCCGCCCUCGAGCAAAGUGCCGCCUUCGAGAAAACUCUGGCCGAUGACGGUUGGGUCUCCCAAGAGUCCGACGAUGCUUCUAUGAAUAAGUGGAUACUAUACGGCCCUCAAGGAGUCGAUCCCAACACCGGUGCCAACUAUACCGCGAUUUACCAGACUGGUCUCGCGCCUGAUGCUUGGAUUCUCUACACUGACGAGAACAACGAGAAACCCAAAAAGCUUCUUACCGUCAACACCUUGUUGAACGACAGGGUAUUCCAAGAAUCCACUUUCGAUAAGGUGGAAUCUCUGGAGGACAGCAUCACAGUUGCUGAGGCCGUGCAUGCUCUUUACAGCAACUAUCAGAUUGACGGUGGUCGUCGGCUCACCGGUGGCAACGAGCUUGACGCCCCUUAUGUGGAUGGUGAUAUGAUAGAUGCCCCGUUCGUUUCCGAAAAGACCCGUCAGUUCUUCUGGGACGAUCGUGAUAUGGACUGGAUGAGCAAACGUAAACUGAGGUCUUCUGAAGGGUUCAAGGGAAUCAGCUACUUCACGAUCGAGAAGGGCUCGGCUGCUGACAAGUAUUUCCAUGCUCACCGCACUCUUGCCGAGAUCGUCAAGUUCGAGUACCCCAACGGUUGUGUCGCUGCUGGUGGGAAGCAGGAACAGAAAUACUGCAUUUUCGUCUCUCUAGACGCCUCUCUCGAUCCUUCUGUAACUCUCAAGGCCGGUAUGAGCUUCAUCGAUAUUCAUGAUGCCAGUAAAGUCGCUCAUCUGUCCAUUGGAGUGACCUUGAAAAAGAACGAGGAUAGUAUGCUGAGCCUUACCAUCGAUGCUGGCGGAUGCGCGGUCGUGUUCCAGUAUGGUCAAACCGAUGGAACCCAUCUGAAAAUAUCUGUAUGCAUGACCAGCAAGGACCCGGCUAAGAAGAGACCAGAUGGUGCGAUCGAGGGCGAGGUUGCAAUCACCGUCAACUUCAUGGUCCACUUGCCGUACGUUGGUGACCUCAUCGACUGGGAUGUUAACGCCAAGGUUAACUGCACUGCCGCCCUCAAGAACGACAUUACAGCAUACGGCGUUAUCGGCACUUCUGCAAGUGCUAAGGUCGCGUACGCCGCUGUGAGCCUCGACAUUACGGCCAACACUCUUGAUCAUGCGUACAACAAAUGGCACUUCGUGUCUGGUGUUGAUUUCCACGCUUGGGCGGGUGUGUGGAAACUCAAAAAGCAUUGGGACUAUCACUGGGCGCUGUACGAGGCCGGCCCUGUAACUAUAUAAAGUAGAACCCGGUGUCAAGAUAUUGAGAACUAAUGUUAAGAUAAUGUAUUUAGUAUCCAUAAUAUGGAUUCAUAUGAUAUCAUAUUUCUGUUAAAUAGCCUUCGUGGGUCUUAAUCAGCUCACACGAGUCCCGCACG